GUUGGCUGGUCAACGCCGGCUUCGAUUGUAGUACUCGCAGCAACAAGAAACGCGCUUUUAGUGCCGACUGUCAUUUGACUUGGUGUUCGUCAGUUGUUUUGUGCGUUUGUUUUCAUUUGGUGGAUAGGAUUUUUUUCGAGGAUAUAGCGAUAUUACAAAGAAUGUUAAGGAUUAUAAAGAAUUCAAGUUGAUCCGGAACGGAAUGCUCCUCGAAACAUGGAAACCCCAUUGAGCGUGCACAUCAAAAGAAACCCUGUGAUAUUUAGUCUAAUCGUCGUACUAGCCUUGCCAGCGGCGGCGCGAACAUGCCACCCGGAAACAGGCAAACCCACCGGAAGUGCUUUAGACAGAGACCUGAAACAUUACGUGGACACAGUGCUGAGUGUGGACAAUUACAGUAUAGUGCCAGGAGUGCAUAUAGAGAGGAACAGCCGAGAAGUCAAGAAUAGUACGCAGGAAGCUGGUAGCAGUUGCGGGCAAGCCAGUGCUUCCAUUCAGGACUAUGUUAUGAAAAAAAUUGAACAGUAUACUGAGUCUCAUGUGCUAGCUGUUAAUGUUCCUACCACGGCCAGGUUUUUUAAAGGUACAGUUGAAACUGGAAAGAGCUCCUUCAUGACGGGAUUCGGUAUGGGCUUUUUGGCCUUCUUCCUCAAAAAACUCCUUUUACCAGUCUUCAUUGGCGCCCAACUGGUAAAAUCCGUACUCAUUGCCAUGUUCCUACCAUCGAUUCUUGGCAGUUUGGGUAAAUUGGUCGGCAAAGGUUUAUCAACGUUCUCUGGAGUGUCAGGAACUUCAGCUGGAGUGAAAAAUCAUCAACAGGUCGAAGAUUUCGAGUUCAAGGACACCGGGCCAUACAAUAGCGAAGAUGGUAUGGAUUUCAAUGCCGAAGCUGAUACGAUGAAUGUCAAUGUGGAGUCUACGACGGCUGCAGCUACAUCCAACAGCAGGUUUGGCGCAGGAAAUCAAAGAAUCUCCUACAUGCAGCAGCAGCAGCAGCACAACGAGAACUACUACAUCCGCAAACCAGCCACGAAAAAAACGGACUACAAGGUGUUCCACAAGAUCCCGUCCUCGUCCAUGCUUCUGACCAGUUACGACCCGUUCUACAGUCCGCUGCUGUCGCGAUUGGACGCGGUGUUCCAGCAACUUGGCCUGGCUAACGACAAAUCCCUGCCGGAAACGGAACGGUGCAGAGAACGACUGAUAUGCAUGAUGUACGCCAAUCCGGCCAAAUAUGCUCCUUAUAGUAAUUUGGUUUCCGCACAGCUCAGCAGGGAACUGAACGAGCUCCGAAAGCCCUCUUCCGAUAACCCCGACAUCUUGCGGUUCUUCAAGUACAUGAAGGCGGCCAAGGAUGGCCAAGAUGGCGAAGAAUGUUUGGCGCACGGCGGUUGUCCUAACCUCAAAGCUAACGCACCUAGUCCGGCGAUGCUCACCACCUUCAACGACAUCAACAAGUUGGUGCAAGCGAGGAAGUUUCAGUGAAUGUGAUAUUAAAAAUAUACAUUUUUGAAUGAUUUAUGAGCUGUUGUGGCUGCGUUAUGCCAUAAAUAUGGUGGAAUCCUCAUUUUUUUCCGAAAUGUUUGACUCGACAAAAUUUGUUUUUUUGAUUAAUUUUCAACCAAAUAAACUUUUCGGCAAUAAUUACAGGAAAUUUAGUGAUUUGUGUAGAAACUUAAGAAAAACAUCUUUUUAUAUCUCGAUAAAAAUAUGAACACUUAUUUAGGAUUUUAAAAGUAUAAACAUUCUUCAUAAAUCUAAAAAACACAAUACUGGCUCAAGUAUAUUUCGUUCGUAUGAUAAAAGAGAAGAGAGUACGUUAUAAUAUUUUUAACAUAUCCUUUUUAUACAUAUUUUUAAUCAUAUUUCGAUCUUACUAAACGAUUUAUUUAUGAUUUUUUUAAUUAGAAAACGGUUUUUACACUUUGGGGUUUUUUAUAUUUUUUAAACGAUAAAAAAUAAAAUUAAAUGAGUAGUAUAUUCUUUAUAAAAUAUUCAAUUAUCAAGAAAAUUCUAUUAAAAAUUAAGGCUGAUGUUAGUGUUAUAUUUUGAUUUUAAUAGAGGUAAAAUUAAUUUUAGAUUAUAAUUAAAACCAUUUGUUCGGUUUUACUU